AUGGGUUGGUUCGGAUUCGGCGGCAGCUCCAACGACACUCCAUCGUCGUCAGUCGGUCCAUCGUCGGCGCCGAUCGAUCUCAGCGGUGGAAUGAAUUUUUCGGUGCCCGGAGCGUUUGACACCUCGAAUGCGGUGCGUUUUUCGCCAGUUUUCCGCAAUUUUCCGCAAUAUUCCAUGUUUUUCAGCCAGAACCAUCGGCACACGAGCAUUCUCCGUUCCCGGCGGCGCCCGUGCUCGCCCUGGACCAGCUCAAAUCGGCCGGAGUGAACGUUUCGCGGCAAAUGACGCCCUACGUCCAGAUGGAUCCGUCCAUGUUUGUCUCGCAAACACCUCAGUACAUUAUGCCCGAAGGCGGAGUGGCCGGAAAGGGAAAAUUCGAGUUUGCGCUCGGACACAUAGGGUAAUUUUUGAAAAAAUUGAAGAGGAACCGAAACGCUUUGAUUUUAGCUGGGCAGUCGGCGGCGCUUUCGGUGUCGGAUGUGCUCGUGGAGCUCUCGGCGAGCUGCUGAACCCGGAAACGCGGAAAAUGGCGGGAAAGGCGUGGAUGACGCGUAUGGUGAACGCGACGGCGAAGCACGGCUCGGGAUUCGCGCAGCCAGCCGGCGCCAUCGUUUUCAUGUAUUCUGCCCUCGAGAUCGGCCUCAGAUCGGUGCGCGCAGAAGACGAACUGAACGGAUUCGGCGCCGGAGCACUCACCGGAGCCAUCUACCGCUCGCCGUACGGACUCAAGGCCUCCGGCGUCGGAGCACUCGUCGGAUUGGGAAUCGCCACAGCGUGGACCCUUUCGAGCACCGAUUCAAGACAACGACUCUCCGAAAUGUUCACUAAUCAUUGA